AGGGUGACGGCGGCCAUUUUGUGUCAGGAGGCCGGAGAAGAAAGGCUGAUUCGCUUUUCAACCAGCGCCAAACGGUUCCUGACGCGAUACGGCUCUCAGAGGCUCCAGAAAACGCCCCGCCGGCUGUCUACCCAGGGAAAUUAAGUCCCAAGAGUUGUUUUUAUAGCCACAGAGCAGCAGUAAAGUUCAGAGCAGGCGCGGUUGGGCCUUUCAGCGCCACCCUUCACAUAGUUCCGCACAAGGGUCCUUUUUUCUGCUUGGGAGGAUGCGAGGCUUCGGUGACCGAGGCCGCGAUCGUGACCGCGGCGGGUUUGGUAGCCCUCUGCCUCCUAAAAAGUUUGGAAAUCCAGGAGAACGUUUGCGUAAGAAGAAGUGGGAUUUGAAUGAAUUGCCCAAAUUUGAGAAAAACUUUUAUGUUGAACAUCCGGAAGUAGCAAGACUCACUCCUUAUGAAGUUGAAGAGUUGAGAAGAAAGAAAGAGAUUACUGUUAGAGGGUCAGAUGGCUGCCCCAAGCCUGUAUUUGCCUUUCAUCAAUGUAACUUUCCACAAUACGUAAUGGAUGUCUUGAUGGACCAGCAUUUUACUGAACCAACUCCAAUUCAGUGUCAGGGCUUUCCCUUGGCCCUUAGUGGGCGUGAUAUGGUGGGCAUUGCACAGACUGGCUCUGGGAAAACAUUGGCAUAUUUGCUACCUGCAAUUGUUCAUAUAAACCACCAGCCAUAUUUGGAAAGAGGAGAUGGUCCCAUUUGUUUAGUUUUAGCUCCUACCCGAGAAUUGGCCCAGCAGGUCCAACAAGUAGCUGAUGAUUAUGGUAAAUGUUCAAGACUGAAGAGUACCUGUAUAUAUGGAGGAGCACCCAAAGGUCCCCAAAUUAGAGACUUAGAAAGAGGUGUUGAAAUUUGUAUUGCUACACCUGGUCGUUUAAUUGAUUUCCUGGAAGCAGGGAAAACUAAUCUUCGCCGCUGUACCUAUCUUGUGCUGGAUGAAGCUGAUAGAAUGCUGGAUAUGGGCUUUGAACCUCAGAUUCGUAAAAUUGUUGAUCAGAUACGGCCUGACAGGCAGACGCUCAUGUGGAGUGCCACUUGGCCAAAAGAGGUGCGCCAGCUGGCUGAGGACUUCCUGCAUGACUAUGUCCAGAUCAAUGUGGGGAACCUAGAGCUGAGCGCCAAUCAUAAUAUCCUACAGAUAGUGGAUGUGUGCAUGGAGAGCGAGAAGGAUCAUAAAUUAAUACAGCUGAUGGAAGAAAUCAUGGCUGAAAAAGAAAAUAAGACUAUUAUCUUUGUGGAGACAAAACGGCGAUGUGAUGACCUAACUCGAAGGAUGCGUAGAGAUGGUUGGCCAGCUAUGUGUAUUCACGGAGACAAGAGUCAGCCUGAGCGAGAUUGGGUGCUUAAUGAAUUUCGUUCUGGAAAGGCUCCUAUCCUCAUUGCCACAGAUGUUGCAUCUCGUGGGCUAGAUGUGGAAGAUGUAAAGUUUGUGAUAAACUACGACUAUCCAAACAGUUCAGAGGAUUAUGUGCACAGAAUUGGCCGUACUGCCCGUAGCACCAACAAAGGCACUGCCUAUACGUUCUUCACACCAGGAAAUCUGAAACAGGCUAGAGAGUUAAUAAAAGUUCUAGAAGAAGCCAAUCAGGCCAUCAAUCCAAAACUGAUGCAGCUUGUAGACCACAGAGGAGGUGGUGGUGGAGGAGGUGGUCGUUCUCGUUACCGCACAAGCAAUUCAUCCAACAAUCCUAAUCUGAUGUACCAGGAGGAGUGUGAGCGGAGGCUCCGGGGAGUUAAGGAUGGCCGAAGAGACUCAAAUAGUUUCCGAGACCGUGACCGCGGUGACAGCUUUGCCAAUGGAGCCAACAAAGCCUAUGGUGGUGCCUAUGGAACUGCAAGUUCUGCAUUUGGGGCACAGCAGGGCCAAUAUGGUUAUGCCCAGGGAGCCUAUGGAGCUGCUGCUUAUGGAGCAAGUGGUUAUGGGGCAGAAUAUGGUGCUGCUGGCUAUGGUGGAGCCAGCACUGCCAGUGCUGGGAGAAACUCACAAAGCACCAACCAACAGCAAUAUGCAGGGAUGGGCCGUUCAGGCCAGCAGCCACAGCCUCUCAUGUCGCAACAGUUUCCUCAGCCUCCAGGCACCAACGUGAUGGGCUAUAUGGGGCAGACUGCCAACUAUCAGUAUCCUCCACCUCCACCACCCCCUCCUCCCUCACGCAAAUGAAGCCACUUAAUUUAGUGGCUGUCAGUCAAUAUUUGCAACCUUUUCUCCCUUUUUCUGUCUCCUCCCCCUCCCAACCCAUCCCCAUUGUGAUGUUUUUCUUAAUGCAGGUUAGCUUUAGAGUUCACCAUCCAAAUUCUGCCCACAAAAAUGGUCCUGGUGCACAUUACUGAUUUUUUUUUAAAAAAGUAGUGUUGACUGGAAAACUAAUUUCCUUACUCAUAUUUUGGCCUUGCAUGUUAAGUAAUCUGAAAUUUUCUGUCUCAAAAAAAGAAAGACUUCUACCAGGCAGGUUUGUCCCAGUCCAGUUGUUAUAGUGUCUGAGGCUUGUGUAUGAAAAAUUGCUGCAGAGAGGACUUCUCUAUGAUAUAAACAUCAAGAAAUAUGGUGCUAAGGAAUACUCCCUUUUUAACAGAAUAUUAAAUAUGGUGUGAUUUUUGCUUACUGAAAUUGAGACUGUGUUUUCUACAGUUACUGAAAUGAAGCCUUGGAUUUGGCAUAGGAGAAUUUGGGGAGAUAAUUACUUUGGUUUGACUCAACAUAUUCUUUCAGACUUCCAUAAAAUGUAAAAAGACUUUGAGUUUAGCUAGCAUUUCUGCAGCUCCUGAAUGUCUUACCAGUCCUUUGCAUAAGGGAUGUAAGUGUUGGAGAUGAGUGUUCUUUUCUGUUGCAAUCCAUUUUCACCCCAGGUGUAAAUCACAGAAUUGUUACACUUUGUUUGUUGAAUUUUUCUAUGGCUCUUAGAUUUCACUCAAGAUACCACAAAUGACACCUGCCCCAUAGUUUCAACUCUGGGGUUAAAUUUGUACUUUUAACAAAAGGUAUCUAUAUAGGAGAACCUAUAUAGUUACUUGGUGUCUAUCUCCUGAUCCAUUUACUUGGUGUCUGGCUCCUCACUGGACAUGCUAAAGAUCCCACUGCACUAAGCAAAAGGGUUCAGUUUUUCAAAUCUUAAAAGAUUUAUUUUAAGCUAAACAAAAUCUUAAAACCUCUUGAAGGGGAUGAGGAGGAGAUGGCUAGUAUGUCUUGAAGCUGUGUUUAUAUCCAUAUCUGACUAGGCUUUCCAGUGGCUUAUGAGUGAGUUUCUUCAGCUGUCUCUUACACUCAGCUUUAACAGGUAGGUAGCAUCCUAGAAUUUAGGAAGAGAUAGAACUUUAGCAAAUGCUUUCAUUCAAUCUUUUUUUUUCCAGUCUGAGAAAGGCUUAAAGUUGGUGGGUUGGGUGGGCGGGAUGGGAUUAUUCAAAUAUUAAAGUUUCUGUCUUGUAACUAGCAGGAGAAAGUUGGUAGUAGUUGGCUUCACCUGUUAUGUCCAAAUAAACAUGGCAGGAAAUCUUUUCUGUCCUGGGAGACAGGAUCUAUGGGGUUUUCUUUUUUUCUUUAUUUUUCUUUUUUCAGUUUUGGGAAAUAGGUAGUUAAAACAAGACAGCCCAACUAUUUAUUAGCAAUGUGGGUUUGGCUUAUAAAAAUGAGACUUAAAUGUGUGUUUCUCAAUAAGGAAGCAGGCUGGGGAAUGAUCACUUGUGUGUCUGCGCACAUCAUACAGGUAGGUUGUUGGUACAGACCAUGUACAAUAAAGGCUUGCUAGUUAAAUUCCUCUUGCCCAGUUUGGCUUCCAUAAUCAUAAUUAGGAUAUGUUUGGCAGUUACUUUCAAUGUUGUCAAGAUUAGAAAUGAACAUUCAUUUACUGAACACUGCCUGAUCUGUAUUUCCUUUCUUAAUAAAAACAUCAUGGAGCUGCUGUUCAUGCAGAAAUGAAUCUAUAGGCCUCGAGGAGGAGGGGCAGAAUAAGUUCUUCCCCAUUAUCUUUAAAGGGAUUUGAUUUUCAUCUUUGCCAAUAGAAAAUUGUAUUAGGGCCUUGCAGUGCUAUACUGUAGCUUGAAGAUAGUUACAGCUUGGAGUGUGUUAUGCUCAGACUGAGUAUUAACAAACCAUUGAUCUCUGACAUGUACAGCUUGUUUCCACUUACCAGCUUAAAAAUGUUGACAAUUGGUAAUAUCCAUUGUUUGCUCAGUAAAUAUACCAAUAUCCAGCAUAUAUUUCCUUCUACAAAAGUUAUUGUGUAGGCUUUGUUCAGUUAAAAGAUAAUAGACUCUUAAAACCCUACAGGCUUCUUGGGUUGAAUCAUUGGUCUGUUUUAUCCCAUACUGGUAUUUGAACACAUUCCUGUUCUGUUAAUAAAGACUUGAAAAGAGAGAUUCAUAGCUCUGUGAGGUUCAGGCACAGUAUACUAAAAAGCUAUGUUGCUAUUAGUUUGUAAAUUGUCCUUUUGAUACCAUCUUGUUUUCUUUUGUAGGUAUGAAUAAAAACACUUGUCAAUAAAA